CACGAUUCUCGUCUCUCAUUCCACUCUCUCUCCCUCUCUACCUCUAUAUUUCCACUUGCGCAGGGAAUGUCUGUAAAGCUAAAUCCCAGUUCAAGUUUCCCAUUACUUUCGAGUGAGACCUAGAUUUUUAUAUACGUUUCUUUCGGUUUAUUGCAGAAUUUUCAUACUACUGGUAUAGUAGACUGGAGUUCAAGAACAGACCCACUUCAAAAGGGUGAGAAUUUGAUUAGCUUUUGGGAUUGAAAACUGUUGAAAUGACAAUGUUGCCUGUCUGCUCAGCUACUGCCUGUCGUUCUUCUCAUUCUCAGAUUUGUUUCCAUAGUGGUUUGCGACCCAUUGCUCCAUUCCCAAGGGAUCUUGACUCUAGGUGUAAUGUAGAAGGGAGGGCUAUUUUCAACUUGUCAAAGGGAACUCAUCUCCAUAGGAUUUCGUCUAAAGUACAAGCAGCCAAGUAUUUUCACUCCAGUUUUGUUGAGAUCAAUGAAGAAUCUGUUUCCAUGGAUUUGAUUAAAACUCAUUCCUGCCAAAAUGAAUUAGAUAACAUUAAAUGCAGUAUGUCAGAUACUUGGAGUUCUACUGUAAAUGAACCCCAUCUUCUGGGAAGCAAUGAACUAAAAUAUGUAGGAACCUCUGACUUGUUGCCUGUGGAAGAGGGCCUAAGUGACCUACAAGAGCAGCUGGCCGAAAAUGCCAAAGAUUUGAUAGGAAAUGCGGAACCUGAACCUUUAUUGACUGUUGACAUAGCACCUAAUAAUCUAUCUGACGCUUUGGACUUGAAUAACAGUGUGAAGAAUAGCUUUGAGGAGUUUAUUGCUGGGGUUAAGGAGUCUUUUGGAUCCUCUUUUAAUAAAGGAGAAAAUGCUGUGAAAAGUUCAGUUGAUACAAUCACUUCGUCAAUAACGGCAAUCACUAAAAAUGCUUCUGAAGCAGUAGAUAAUGCUGUUAGUAAGGUGUUCCCAACAGUGGAUCAAACAGGAGAAUUUGCAGGCAAUAAGAUAACAAGCUUUUCUUUUGACUUGAAGCAAACCUCAGGUGAAGCUACUGUUGUUGCUGUUAAUUUGUUAAGACGUGCAAUUGUUGCAGUGGAGGAUUCUAUAGCAAAUGGAGCUUCUUUUCUUGUUUACUCUUAUGGGUCUGCUAAGGAACUACUUCCUCCAGAGAUCAGGGAUGCCCUAAAUUUGUCUGAAGAGAAAGCAGUAAAUAUCUUGAGGCCUAUCGGAACAGCUUUUCAGCAGGUCUAUAUCACCAUUGAGGAGUUAGAGAGAAAUCUUGGCUUGAAUCCAGAUGAUCCCAUUCUUCCGUUUGUUCUUUUCCUUGGCACGUCAGCCACUUUUUGGGUUUUCUAUUGGCUGUGGGCGUAUGGUGGAUACUCUGGAGAUUUGUCACCUAAAUCAACUUUGGAGUUGUUGACAGGAAAAGAGAAUGCUUUGUUAAUUGAUGUCCGGCCUGAGGUUCUAAGGGAAAGAGAUGGUGUUCCUGAUCUUCGAAGGACAGCUCGUUUUCGCUAUGCAAGUGUGUCUCUACCUGAGGUUUAUGGUCCAGAACGGAAGAUUUUCAAGAGUGCAAAGGAACUCAAUGAUGCUCUGGUUGCUGUUGUUAUCCGGAACUUGAAAACAAUUCCAGACAGGUCCAAGGUAAUAGUUAUGGAUGCUGAUGGUAGUCGUUCCAAAGGCAUUGCAAGAGCACUGAAAAAACUUGGAGUUGAGAGACCAUAUAUGGUCCAAGGUGGGUUUCAAUCGUGGGUUAAACAGGGUCUUCGGAGUAAGGAGCUCAAGCCUGAGACAACACUUACCAUACUGAAUGAGGAAGCUGAGGCAAUUCUUGAAGAUAUCAGUCCUACUCCAUUUCAAGUUCUCGGGUUUGGUGCGGGUUUAGUUGCAGCAUCUUAUGCCUUACUAGAGUGGGAGAAGACAUUGCAACUUAUUGGUGUUUUCGGCCUAGGGCAGACUAUAUUUCGGCGGGUUGUUUCCUAUGAGGGCCCUGAAGAUUUUAGAAGAGAUGUGAGGCUAUUGCUUGCUCCUGUUCGACUUGGAGCUCAGGCUUUCUCAUGGGCAGCUGGGAAGUUAGAAACAAAUCGCGUUGGCCUGCCAACAUCACCUUCAUCCUCAGACGUUCAAAGCCGGGUGUUGCAGGCUGCAGCUAAGCUUGAAUCUCAACCAUCCAACAUUGAAGGAAUCAGCCAAGAUCCAUCUCCAGAAGGGAUGGUUCCUAUUAAUGAAAACAUCGAUCUUUCUGAAGCAUAAGGAUUGGAGACCUCUUUUUUUGGGAUUCUCUCUCAUUAUCGAGAUGAGAAGUAGAUGAGUUGUAAUGUGGGUGACUUCAAAUUUUAACGGUUCGCUUGAUUUGGAUGACUGACCCUUCUGUGCAGAUAUGGAGAAUAAAUCUUGUAUAUUUCCUAGGAGGAGUUUAGAGUCCUGUUGCCUGUACAUUGUGUCUUACUUCUUUUUUGGGUGAAACAAAGAACUUUUUCUUUUGAAGUUUAUUAAAAAUUCAAUAAAAUGGCUCAACCUUACUCAUGAUUUAA